GUUUAUGCAGCGCCUGGCGAUUACGUCAUCGGUGAGGGACAGUGUUGUCAUUCUUGAAAUGUGGGAAGCAGUUGUCUUUCAGUUUGGCUCUUUUUGAAUUUUGUGUCAAAUUUUAAAUCAUAAGACAUAAAAAUGGCUGACUACUGGAAGUCGCAACCAAGGAAAUUCUGUCAGCACUGCAAGUGCUGGAUUGCGGACAAUAAACCGAGCAUUGAAUUCCAUGAAAGAGGGAAGAAUCACAAAGAAAAUGUGGCUGCCAAAAUUUCAGAGAUUAAAAAGAAGAGCAUGGAAAAGGCGAAGCAGGAGGAACGUAUGUCUAAACAGUUUGCAGCGAUGGAGGAGGCUGCGCUGAAGGCAUAUCAGGAAGAUCUAAAGAGAAUAGAAAGAGAAUCAUCAGGCUCAAGUUCACCAGCCCAAACAACAACAACAACAACAACAAAGCCACAGCCUCAGACAAAACCCCAGCUGAAAAAACAGCAAAAGAAAGAAGUGAAAGCAAGGAAGAAGACCACAACGCAAACAGAAAUGCCGAUUUGGAUUGAAGGACAGACAGAUGAUGGACGCACAUACUAUUACAACACAAUAACCGACGAAUCUCAAUGGGAUAAACCUGAGGGUUUCCAGGGAGAAAGUUCUGCAUCUGCACAGCCUGGACAAACUGAGAACUCUUCAGGCUGUCCUUGGAUGGAAGCCAUCAGUCCUGAUGGAUAUACGUAUUAUUACAAUACAGAGACCGGAGAGUCGAGCUGGGAGAAGCCAGAAAACUUUCCAUUGGCAUCUGGAUCUGGGUCUGAGUCCAGCAGAGAGGGACAGGGUCAGGAGGAGCCUUCAACCCCUCAGCCGGAGCCACUCUCAGGAGGAGAGGAGAGCUCCAACGGGACCCCGGUAUCUCAGGAGGCUGAAGUCCAUGAACAAGCCAACCAACAGCCCAGAGUCCCAAAGAUCAGCUUCAGGAAAAGGAAAGCAGAGGCUGAGCCCUCAGAAAAGGAAGGAGAAGAUAAAGCUAGUGAAGAUACUCCUCAAGAGGAUGCUAAAGAGAUGAAAAAAGAGGAGAAGGUCCCAUACACAGCUGACCCUGAGAAGAAAAAGGAAGAGGUGACACAAGGGGAGAGACGAGCCAAAAGGCCAAAAGUUGCCAAUCCAUAUGGAGCCUGGGAACAGAUCCAGGAAGAGGAGGAUCCAUAUGCCAAGGUGGACUUACAGUUGCCCCAGGUGGAAGGAAGCACAGCCAGUGCUUCGGCUGACCUGCCACCAGAGCCCAAACCCAAGUUCAAGGAACGCAUCAUCACCAGCCUCAGAGAGGAAGGCGGACCUGCUUCAUUUAGAAAAAACAAAACACAGAACGGCAAAUCCAGGAACCUCCGACAGAGAGACGAAGAUGAUUGACCCAAAGAUACAAAAACUCAGGCAGAGUGCAGCAGAAUGAGGCUUUUACCAAAUAAAACUCUUUCUAGGAUUUCUUUGACAUUUGGAUGCAUCAUUUUUAUCUUUUAGGUGUAUUCAGAAUCUUUUGUUUUGUAUUAACAUUAGGACAUACUGGCUUAAGAAACUUCAAGAUGUGUAUGCACAAUCAGUGUUUAUUACUUCUGUCAUAAUGAAGGUGUACAACACUCAUUGUCUUCAGGUUGGUAUUACAAUUAUUAUAGAAUCCAGGUAUGAUAGUUUUGAGAAUGUGAAAUUUCUUUCUGUUGUCUGGUGAAUGCAGAUGCACCUAUACAGCGCAAUUGGCUUUUUGUAUGUUCCAUAUCCAUAUUUUUUUUUAACCUGUGUAAGUUAUGAAAAGCUAGUAAGGUAAGUUGUGUUAACAUAGUGGAGUUUUGUCAGUUAAAGUGAAAGGCUGUCAUAGUAUAAGAUGGGAACAUGUGGUCUCAAUAAAUAACUGUCCAGAGACUGAAAACUUUCUCAGUAAAGAUCUUUUUCAAAAUGCAACUGAAUGGAGGCAAUGUUUUUCUGCUACUACUGAACAAAGAAUGAUCAUGAAAAAAUCCAGCUGGCACACGCAUGCAGGGUGUGACGUGCUUUGGGGACAGCGUGUGUAUAAAGCUGAUAGAUGGUUUACCACACCCUGUUUGGCAACGAACCAUGAACAGUGCUGAUGUUUGCUUAUGCUCAAUGUAAAAAGUCAACUUUACAUUACUUGUAUUUAAUUACUAUAAUGU